AUGAGAACCAGUUUCUUUGCUAGCAGGAGGCUGAAGUCAGGCCUAAGUGCCACCUCCCGUAAGGAACUCCAGUUGGUUGGUGUGCCUCCAAUGGUUCUGGAUGCAAAAUAUGAAGAGAUCUAUGCACCGAGUAGUUUGGGUUUUGUUUACAUAACCGAUAGAGCAUACAAGUCCACUCAGAUUCGGGAAAUGGAGCGGAAUAUCCUGAAAGAGCUGAAUUUUGUGCUGGGCCUACCACUCCACUUUCUGAGGAGAGCAGCCAAAGUUUCAGAACCUUCUGCAGAAACAUACCUGCUAGCAAGAUAUUUGAUGGAAUUAACUCUUGUGGACUAUGAGAGGGUGCAUUACAAUCUUUUGGAGAACUGUCGCUCAAGGAAGGUCGUCUUGCAGGGCCAGUGGAACCUCCAGCUCUGCUUUUAUACUGGAUACACGGAGGAGAGGCUCUCCCUGAUUAUGGGGCACCUGGCCAAAAAUGCGGUGUGUCUUAAUAGGAAUCUUAACAAAACAAAUUAUGAAAGCAGUGACAAGAGUUUAUAG